AUGUUAACAAAUAAACAAAUAAAAACAGAUAACAAUAAAAUAUUUCAAGAUAUUAUUGAUUUUGAAAUAUUAAAAUCAAUAAUCAAUUAUUUAUUAAUUAGCAAAAAUUAUAAUAAUAAUAAUAAUAAUAAUAAUAAUAAUAAUAAUAAUAAUACUAGUAAUCAAUAUAAAAUUAGUAAAUUUUAUUUAAAUAGAAAUGAAAUAUUAAAUUAUAUAUUAGUUUCAAAAAAGUGGUAUAAUUUUUUAUCAUUAACAAUAUCAAAUAAUUUUAUUAAUAAUAAAUCAUUUGAACAUUGGUUAAACAUUGAUAAAAAUAAUAAUAAAUCAUUUAUUGAAAAUUAUAAUAAUCAAAAUCAAUAUGAUAAAAAUAAUUUAAUUUAUAAAAACAAAGAUAAUAAACAAAAUAAAAUUAGUUAUAAUAAGGAAUUUUCAAUUAUAAAAAUCAAAGAAUCAAUAAUCAAUGAUUAUUUUAAAUUCAAUUUAUUUUUAAAUAGUAUUACAGUUGAUGAAUUUACAGAAAUUAAAAAUAAAUUUGAAAAUAAUCAAUUACUUUAUAAUAGAAUUAUAGUUAAUCUAGAAACUAGUUAUGAUGCGGAUGUUACUCUAUUUAUAAUACAUGAAUAUCUCUCAAAUGAAAACUCAGAAAUCAUAUCAAAUUUAUUUAAAAUAUUAGAAUUAAAUUAUAAUUUUUUGUUGCCUGGAGGUAAUAGUCCAAAUUUAGAAGAGGAGGAGGAUGAUACUGAUGAUGAAGGUAAUAAUGAAGGUACUGAAUUAUAUUUUAAUAAUUUAUCAAUUUCUAGUUAUAAUGAAAAUGUAGUUGAAGAUAGAGAAACAGUAAUGAUAUUUAAAAUUUUUAAAGGCAAAAAUUUAAUUUAUAAAAGAUCUCAAGUUGAUUAUGAUUAUCCAACACAUAUGAAUUAUUCAGAAUUAUUUGAUCCAGAUAAUUCUGGUCAACAAGUUGAAUCGAUUAAAGUAAUAAUUGAAACUGAUGGUAAUGGAGAGUCUGUUGAAGCACGUCAUUUAAUCAAAGUUAAUCAAUUUGAAAAUUUACAUUCAAUUACAAUACCAAUUUAUUCAUUUCAAAUAUUAUCAAACUUAUCUGAAGAAAUAGGAUUUUUUGUGUUCUAUCGUAAUAAUGCAGAAUUUGGUAAUUCAGGUACUUCAGAAAAUAUGAAAUCAGAAUUAAUUCAAAUGAUUAAUUCAUUCGUUACAAGUAAAUCUUUAAAGAAUUUAAAUAUAUCAUCAGUAAAUUCAAACUACUCAAUUAGUUAUAAAGAUUAUGCUAGUUAUGAUGGUGAUCAUGAAAUUUUGGCUAAUAAUAUAAAUGAAAAUAUAGAAUCAUUUUCAAAUUGUUUUAAACCAUUAUUUUCAGAAUUAAAUACAUCAAUUGAAAGAAUUGGAUUUGAUUGUUGUGGUUUAUUAAAAAUCAAUACAUUUUCAAAUUUAUUAAAUAAUAAAUCAAUUAAAUAUUUAUAUUUAAAUAAUUGUGAUUUCAUUGUUCACUCACCAAAACCAAUUGAUAGUGAUUUACAUAAAGAACCAAUUUCAAUUAAUAAAUAUUUAUUUGAUAAUAUAUUUUCAUCACCAUUAACAUCAAUUAGACAUUAUAAAAUUAAUAUCAAAAAAUUGAAACAAUUAAAAUUCAUAUUUAAUUUAAUAUUAAAUAAUAUUUUUAAAUUACAAUUAUAUUCAUUAAUAUUCGAAUUCAGUCAAAACGAAUUAAUUGGUGAAUUUUUUAAAGAACUUAAAAAUUUAAUAAAUAAUAUUUCAACACAGCAACAACAACAACAACAACAACAAAAAAUAUCAAAUAACAUAAAUUUAAAAGAAAUUAAAAUUAAAAUUAAAGAUGAUGAACACAUUCAAGAAUUAAAUAAUAUUAAUAAUCCAUAUUUUGCAACAGUGAUAAAGAAAAUAGCUUGA